CUCGAACUGAUGAGUUGUCUCUUGCCGUUCACCCCUUUUCCAGUGUGGUUUGAUCCGUUUUGCACAUCCGGUUCCGGGUCAGGUCACAUGUGGCUUGGCAGCAGGCAAACCAAGAAAGAAGAAUUUGUACACAAUGUUUUAUCACAUCUCCUUGGAACAUGAGAUCCUGCUCCAUCCCCGAUAUUUUGGUCCGAACCUCCUCAACACCGUCAAACAGAAGCUGUUCACAGAGGUGGAGGGAACCUGCACUGGAAAGUAUGGCUUUGUCAUAGCAGUGACGACGAUUGAUAACAUAGGUGUGGGUGCCAUCCAGCCAGGGCGUGGCUUUGUGCUGUACCCGGUCAAGUACAAGGCCAUUGUCUUCAGACCGUUCAAGGGAGAAGUGGUGGAUGCUGUAGUCACCCAAGUUAACAAGGUGGGACUAUUUACAGAAGUCGGGCCCAUGUCGUGUUUUGUAUCCAGGCAUUCCAUCCCAUCCGACAUGGAGUUUGACCCCAACUCUAACCCACCCUGUUACAAGACUGCAGAUGAGGAUGUUGUGAUCCAACAAGACGAUGAGAUCAGAAUCAAGAUUGUCGGCACAAGAAUUGAUGCCAAUGACAUCUUUGCCAUAGGCUCCCUUAUGGAUGACUAUCUUGGACUUGUGAGCUAAGGCAGGAAAAAUGUUCAAGAAGACACCAUCUGGAUUCAUGAACUUGCCUUUCCGUAUGACAAGCGAAUACAUGUGUAGUCAAUUCCUCUUGACAUUCUCGUUUUAAUAUUACUAACGUGAGGUUAUUUGGAAAAGUUUUGUAUAAUAUUUUAUUCACAUAUAUUUCAACUGUGUAUGAUACCCCACACUGUAGGUACCAUUAGGAUUAAGACUUAGCAUUUGUACAGUUUAAUAAUAAAGGACCAUUUAGU